AUGCGUCCCGAAGCUGGAAAAGACACCGUGGCCCUUUCCACACAAAAUAUCGACUUCAUGUAUGAAAGGACCGUCAUGCAAAAUGUCAGGAGCUGUGUGCCCCCCUCCUGGACACGCCUCCUCCCCGAUUGCCCCGCCCCGUCCACGUGCCGGCCCCGGGGGGGGGGCUUCCGAGGGGGCGUCCCCCUCCCCUGCCUCCCGCCAGGCGAGGGAGUCGCCUUCCCCGCCAACCAGAGCAGAGCGCGCAGGCAGGGGGGCCGGCUCAGCCCCCCCCCCCAGGCUCCCCGUCGGAGGAGCCGCGGCUGGCUCGGGCUUUCUUCCCUCCUGCGCCGCUCCGAGGAGAGCUGUGCCCGCGCCCCCGCUGCAUGCUGCCCGGUCCGGAGCGCCGCGCCGCGCCCUCCGCCGCCCAGCCCCGGCCCCAGAGCGGCCGGCCCCGAGGGGAGGACGAUGAGCAGCGCCAAGGGCGACCCGGUGCCCAGCCCGGCCGAGCCCAGCCUGCAGGAGGAAGAGGUUCGGACGCUCUUUGUCAGUGGUCUGCCUUUGGACAUCAAACCCCGGGAGCUCUAUUUGUUGUUCAGACCGUUCAAGGGAUAUGAAGGCUCUCUUAUUAAACUCACAUCUAAGCAGCCGGUGGGCUUUGUUAGUUUUGACAGUCGCUCAGAAGCGGAAGCUGCGAAGAACGCUUUGAAUGGAAUUCGCUUUGACCCAGAAAUCCCUCAGACGCUCCGGCUAGAGUUUGCUAAGGCCAACACGAAGAUGGCUAAGAGCAAAUUAGUGGGAACGCCCAAUCCAAGCGCUCCAGCUGCCCCCAACACUGUACCUCAGUUCAUUACCAGGGACCCAUAUGAGCUCACGGUACCUGCACUUUACCCCAGUAGCCCUGAAGUGUGGGCGCCGUACCCUCUCUACCCAGCGGAGUUAGCACCUGCUCUACCUCCACCUGCUUUCACCUACCCCGCUUCACUGCAUGCCCAGAUGCGCUGGCUCCCUCCCUCCGAGGCUACUUCUCAGGGCUGGAAGUCCCGUCAGUUCUGCUGAAUACUGUGUACCAGGUGUGUGAUGGCGGCUACAAUCUGUCUUGUGGGUAUUAAAGUGUUCUUCCUAAGUCGCUACCAGUAUCUUACCUUCAUCUGCAAAAAUACAGUGUGGUGGG